UUGAAGCAGUUCAACAGGAUACGGCUGGACCCAGGUAUGUCCACACUGCAGGUAUAUAAAAGACAGGUGGGCCAUUAUUCACUGUCCCUAGAUCUUAGCUUACAGAGCGAAAGGUGAAUAACUUUAUAAAGCAAUUGGAGCAGAAGUUUCAAGAAGGAUGAAUUGGUUUCUGAAACUCGUCUCUUUUCUGGCUCUUGUUUUAAUCUGUUAUGGACAAGACACACACAAAAAGAACGAGACAUCGUGUACUGGACGACCAGAUGACUGGCUGGCCGAGAUAGGCUGCUGGGGCUAUAAUUACUGUAAAAACGGAACGACCAUCCCCUUCGUGUGUCCACCCAGCACAGUCUAUGACAGGGACGCCAAAAAAUGUGUCCCGCCUGGGAGUAGCAGCACAGCCUGCGGUACAAGCACAAUCUGCUCUGGUCUUCCCGACGGUCGGUAUCCAGACAUCGGCUGCAAGUCCUACUACGUCUGCGUUGCAGGUGUAAACAACGGACGCAUUUACUGCCCGGCAACUCUGGUCUUCGAUUCAAACUUAGACAACUGCAACUGGGCUAACAACGUCCCACCACCCUGUGGAACAAAGAAAGAUUAAUUAAAGAAAACAGAAAUCCUUCAUCUUUUGAUUGUUAUGUCAAAUUAUUAGCAUUUACAUCGCGCGGUGAAAAUCCAAAACAAAUUAUAUUUUGUUUAUACUAAGGUUUUUAUUAUUAAAUUAUUUUAAUUCUUA